AUGUCAGCACCGCCGCCCCUGCAGAUCCGCGAGGCGAACGCACACCUGGCUGCGGUGCACCGGCGCGCGGCGGAGCUGGAGGCGCGGCUGGACGCGGCCGAGCGCACGGUGCGCACCCAGGCCGAGCGCCUGGCUCGCCACGACCAGCAGCUGCGCGCCGCCCUAGACGAGCUGGGCCGCGCCAAGGACCGUGAGAUUGCCGCCCUCCAGGAGCAGCUGCUGACCUCCGAGGCUACUGUCCAGAGUCUGCAGGCUGCUGUGUGCCAGAGGGACAAGCUCAUCAGGCAGCUGCAGCCCCGGGCUGAACUGCUGCAGGACAUCUGCCGCCGCCGGCCACCCCUGGCUGGGCUGAUGGCCACCCUGGCUGAGGCUGAGCGCCUGGGGCCUCUGCCGGCCAGUGACCCCAGUCACCCACUCCCUGGUGGGCCCAGUUCACACCUUGCCAACAGUACUGGGGAGGAAGAGGACAGGGACCACCUCCAGCCUACUGUGUUUGGGACCACUGUGUGAGUCCCAGAGAGUAGCUUCCAGAAUGGAGAAAGAGGACCCCUACGGGAGCUUUUUCCACUGCUGUGGGUGUCCCUGGGGGUCACCAGUACCCCAGAGAGGACCCCGUGGCAGAGCCAUAAUCCUGUCCAAACGUCAGAACCUGCUAAAGAGUCAUAGGUUUCAAAUGGGCGGACUGCAGGCCAAAUGCAGAUGUUGAACCCGGAGAGAAGUUUUUCUUUUUUUUAAAACAAAACUUUGAAUCAAUCAAUAACACUUGUUGGAGAACUGGCAGUGCUGACACAAAAAUCUGGAUUUCUAGCUUCAGACUGGGCCGUGCCUGCCUGGAUCUGAGUCCAGGGCACCCUCUUUAGUGAGUGUGAGCUUCAGGCCCCACAUGUCUCUUAGGGCCAGAUGUCUGGCCCCUGAAGCAUCUGAGUUUGAGACCUCUCUUCUUCUGGUGGAGCGGAUGAUUUGAGUUUCUCUCCCUCUUUUCCCCUUGCCCUGAUUUUUGUUUCUCCCGAAGCAUUCCGCAUCCUAAAGCUUCUUCUUAUUCUUCAUCUCAGUCCAGAAUUGUGAGCCUCAACCCUCAGGCCAUUUUGCAUUGGUUAUAUGAAGACAAAGUUUUAAUCCUAGAUUUUUUUCCCCUAAUUCUAUCCUUCCCUCAACCCAGGGAAGAGCGUGCGUGUGGGAUGUGCUGAGAUGUCUGCAGCCAGGCUUUGCUGCCCAGGCAAACUCGGGCAUCCCAUAAGCUUUUCUUGAUAGCGUCCUGCCUCAGGGUCUUUACACUGGCCGUUCCCUCUGCCUAGAAUGCUCUUUCCCCAGCUGUCACAUGACUAGCUCCUUGUCACUCAGGUCUUUGCUCAAACGUCACUUCCUCCCAGAGGCCUUCCCUGACCACCUUAUUGGAAGUCAUUCUUCUCCACUCCACCCCCACUGCCUCAUUAUAUUUUCUUUAUGUAACUUCUUACCAUCAGAGUGGAAGCUCCGUGAGGGCAGGGUUUUUGUUCUCUGUUUGUCACCAGUGGCUGGCACACCCUGGGAGCCCGGUAGGAACAGGAUGGGUCUAUGGGCCCUGAAGGGAGCCAGGGACCCCAGCACAUCCCAUGAGGCACCCCAGCCAGUGUAGCUUUUUUUUUUUUUUUUUUUUUUUUGCAGUACGCGGGCCUCUCACUGCCGUGGCCUCUCCCGUUGCGGAGCACAGGCUCCGACGCGCAGGCUCAGUGGCCAUGGCUCACGGGCCCAGCCGCGGUGGGAUCCUCCCGGACCGGGGCGCGAACCCGUGUUCCCUGCAUCGGCAGGCGGACUCUCAACCGCUGCGCCACCAGGGAAGCCCCAGUGUAGCUUUUGUAGCAGCAGCUGGCUCCUUUUUAUAUUCCUUAGAGAAUCUAUUUUUUCACUCCUUAUUUCUAUGCUGCCCUUCUUGGCCCAAGAUGUUCGGGGUGCUUUUUUUUAAAAAAUCAAAACAGGGAACCCUGUGCCCUUCUCUGCCCAGCCCAAGUGCCUGGCCUGGUACCAUGGUAGCUUUUUCCCACCUCUUGACUCAGGGAAUUGUCAUACCGGGAACCACGGCGGGGCACAGCCCCUUUUCAGCCUGGAAAGCUCAGCGUCCACCCUCAGCCCUCAGGAUGGGGCCGCCUGGCGUCUCAGAGUGACCCCUCAGUGUGGCAACAAUGGCCUGGUUUUCUCCUUUGGACGAAUAGGGGUUGGGGGGUGCUGUCUGUACGAGGCGAAGGCAGGCUGGGGCCUGUCGGAGCUCAAGAAUAAACCAAAUGAUUUC